ACAGAAGAACCACUUUCUUUACUUUGUGAGAGGAGAGGAGAGGAGAGGAGAUAUUUUCCGUUCUUUUUGGCAGCCUCCAAUCUCUUCUAUAUCCAUAAUAUGGACCAUAUCCAUAGAAUAGAAAAGCGCCCCAUUUGAGGCUGCGUAUAGUACUCGUCACAUCAACCGUCCGAUCAUCUCAUCCUCAUCCUCGCCCUCCAUUUCUUCUUCCUCGCUACUGGCCACUUUCCAGAUAUUUUGAGCUCUCUGGAAUUUUUUACUCCUAGUAAAAGAUAUAGAUGCCGUGGUGAGCCUUUCGCUUCACCACUAAUAUCUCUGUAUUUUGGAAUUUCUAGUGAGAGAGAGCGCGAGAGAGAGAGAGAGAUUCACGAUUGUGUAGUGAUUGAUGGGUGAACAAGUGGUGAGCAGCGGAGAAGCUAUGGAUUUGGAACUCAAAGCAGAGGGGAAAAUGACGAAGAAGAAGGAGGAUGGCUCUGCUUCUGUCGUGAGGUGGGAGAGGUUUCUGCCCAGAAUGGUCCUCAGAGUGAUGUUGGUCGAAGCCGACGAUUCCACCCGCCAGAUCAUCACUGCGCUUCUCAGGAAAUGCAGUUACAGAGUUGCUGCUGUAUCUGAUGGCUUAAAGGCAUGGGAGUUACUGAAGGGAAAACCCCAUAAUGUUGACCUCAUACUGACGGAAGUUGAACUGCCAUCCAUCUCUGGAUUCGCUCUUCUUACCUUGAUAGGGGAGCAUGAGAUAUGCAAGAACAUUCCUGUUAUAAUGAUGUCAUCAAAUGAUUCAGUUAGCACGGUUUAUAAGUGCAUGAUGAGAGGUGCUGCAGACUUUCUUGUCAAGCCUGUGAGAAAAAAUGAGCUGAGGAACUUGUGGCAGCAUGUUUGGAGGAGACAAGCUUCCGCUAGUGGCGGAAAUGGCCCCCAAGAUGAGAGUGUUGCACAACAAAAGGUCGAAGCCACAGCUGAAAACAAUGAAAAUAAUGCUGCUAGUAAUCAUUCAAGUGGUUUCAUGGCCUGCAUUCAGCGAAAUAGGGAAUGCAUUGAGAAAGGGAGUGAUGCUCAGAGCUCUUGUACAAAGCCAGAUUUGGAAGCAGAGAGAGGAUGCCCAGAAAAUGUGCACAACCUAUCACCAUCGACCUUGAGCAAAUCUCCAGUGAGUGACAUGGAAGUACGGAAUCAUGCAGAAUGUGACAGAUCAAAUAGGAAACUGCUGAUGAUUGAUUGUGAAGAAAGGGGAUGUGUGGCGACUGCCUGCGAAGAUGCUAAAGCAAUGACACAGGGAGAUGACGUGGCAACUGAGAUUGGUCGGGAGCAUGAUCAUAUCGCCGGUGAAGGUUGUUAUAACAAUCAUGCUCCUGUCAACUCUUGUAGAGAAGCCAUUGAUUUGAUAGGAGCAUUUGACAAUAGCCCAAAAUGUGGUUACAGAAACACUUUCUCAGAUAAUGGUCCAAGCAAGGUUGAUUCUUCACCCCUAUUGGAUCUUUCCUUGAGGAGGUCUAAUCCAAGUGGCUCUGUAAAUCAAGUUAGUGAUGGAAAGCCUACGUUGAACCACUCUGAUGCAUCGGCUUUCUCACGGUACAUUAACAGGGCAGUGCAACCUCCACAUUCAUCAGUGACCAUGUGUAAUCAACAGAAAGACUACGGAACCGAUACUGAGAGGCAAUUUUCCCAUCACACGCCAAAUUAUAGCUCUUACCCUAAUGGUUUCUCACUAAGUUCUCAGCAAAAUAUGCUCUCCCUAGCCACUAGUCAAUCUGGACAAGCUGAAAGUGCUUUUCCUUGUCCUCAACGGAAAGUGUUUGCUGUUCCAGUGAAAGGUAUAAGGUUUGACAGUCUGUGCAACCGGUAUGGUUCUUUGGUGCCUCCAAUAUUUUGUGCUCAAUCAGGCCAUGAGCAACUGUCCCUUCAAGUGAAUGUAUUUCAUUCACCGAAUCUUGAAACAAGAAACUCUCAGCAGCUUCAUAAAACAGUUCAGGUGAAUGGCGACAAUUCCACAAAUCAAACUGAGCUCCAACAGAGGCAAAAGUUGGAAUCUUCAGACGAUCAGCGAUAUUUUUCUUCUGCAAUUGAUCAGAGUACAAGUAGCAGUUUCUGUAAUGGUACUACCGCAAGUCAUCUGAAUGGCAUUGGUUGUGGAAGCAAUGGGAAUGUUGAUCAAGUUCCAGUUGUCAGGGCUGCUGCAGGGAAUGGGAAUGGGGAAGGUGUCCCUACCCACGAUACAAACUGCCAUCGAUCUUUCCAGAGAGAAGCUGCUCUAAACAAAUUUCGCUUGAAGCGGAAAGACAGAUGCUUUGACAAGAAGGUACUCCCUCCACCUCUUCCCUCUUGUCAAAUCGAAAAUCAAAGACAAAGGACAGAGGGAAGGGAUAUCCGAAUGCAGUAAUUUGAUAAUCUGAAACUGUUUUGCAGGUACGCUAUGAAAGCAGGAAGAAACUUGCCGAGCAGCGUCCUCGAGUUAAAGGGCAGUUUGUCCGUCACGUGUAGAAUGAACCGCUACCUAUAGAAAGUGACAGGCAAUAGUGGCGAUUCAUUAAAUAACUAGCUACUUUUACCAAAUUUAAGAGACGGGAGGAAUUUGUGGAUGGCUCGAAGAAAUACUGGAGAUAUGAAUAUCGCAGUUGGCCGAGGACAAUGAAGAACGUAGCACGUGAAGAACAAAGCAGCCGAAGUAGAAGGAAAGCCAGAAUUCUGACCUGUAAAUGAAAGAUUUUAGAUUGGUUAGCUCAUGAGUUUCUAAAGCAUGGAAUAACGAAGAGGGGAUGAAGCUUUAGUGAAUUCUCUUGAUGCCAUCACUUUGUCUCCUGAACAUCUUGUAUUUGUUUUGUAGGAUAGCUUUGUAACAUCCUGUAUUUUUUUUGUAGGAUAGUUUUGUAAAUUUUUAUAGCUUAUACAACUGGGUUUAUGAAGAGGCUGCUUCCAAUC